AUGCCGGUGCCCGUGGUGUCCGUACGCGGCGUGUCUCGGAUCCCCGCACGCCUGGUGCUGGUACUGAUGCUGGGGGACGGCUUUGGGACGAUACGAACGACCGCCGCCACGCAGGAACCAUCUCGUGGUGCAUCACACCGUGUGGAAGUCGAUGGUGUCCCGUGGAUGCCGUCACGAACGAAACAACAACGAUUCCGAAUUAUUAGUCAUGAUGCACCCUCGUCAAUGCCCUCUCCUCCACCACCACCGCUGCCCACGUGGACCGACACGGCGUUCGACACCCCUCCUCCGACACUGUACCGGCCAAAAUUCAUUCCACCUCCUCCUCCUCGGCCUCCACCGCCACCACGAAAUCCUCCCACUCUUCCACUUACCUCCAACACUACAGCAACAGUAUCAACACCACCAAUACUAUUACCACCACCACCACCAAUAAUACCACCACCAACAAUGCCGCAAUACCCCCUACGCACCGCUACAUCGACUCCACCGUUAUCAACUACAACAACCAGUCCGAUUGCCAUUCGUGCCGCUCGUUUGUCCGUAACUGCGGCGACCAUUCGUCCACCGAGACCCCCGUCGAUUACCAUCACAGCCGUCCAUCCCUGGCAGUCCCCGUGGUCGGACCCACCACCACCGCCCCCGCCGCGGCCCACGCCACCCGCACCUCCUGUACCGUCGUCGCCCACGACGAACGUAUACUUGUCCUUGUUCUGGAUGCUGCGGAACGUUGCGAUUCGACAAUCGAGCCUGGUUGCUCCCGAACGCAGGCUGGUAGACCCACAACUCCCCACCCACGCCAUCUUACCGAACACGACACACGUUGGUUCCAUCCCGACCGCGGUGGACCAUCCAUUGCCAUUCACCAACGGCGUUGACGAUACAUCGGACGAAGAUAGCUUGGACGAGGAUACCUUGAACGACCGGGAUUGGGAGAUUCUGCAUCAAGCCCAAGCUUUCCCCGUGGACGUCUACGACGACGAAUACGAUGGGAUUCCCACGCCACCCGCACCUCCUUUAACGACGAACGUAUACGCACUCUUGUUCUGGAUGCUGCGGAACGUUGCGAUUCGACAAUCGACCCAGGUUGCUCCCGAACGCAAGCUGGUAGACCCAAAAGUCCCCACACGCGCCGCCCUACCGAACACGACACACGUUGGUCUUAUCCCGACCGCAGUGGACCAUCCAUUAUCAUUCACUGACGUCGUUGACGAUACAUCCGACGAAGAUAGCUUGGACGAGGAUACCUUGAACGACCGGGAUUGGGAGAUUCUGCGACAAGCCCAAGCUUUCCCCGUGGACGUCUACGACGACGAAUACGAUGCGGUUGAAAUGGAAAGCGUCGACCAGGACCCCCCUACACAUCAUGCCCUGGAGUUCAAUGCUACCCUUUCUCGAUACGCUGUGGUACCACUGUGGGCCACACUCUCAUCACUCCUGUUUCGACCAAACUCGGAACAAGAAUCUCUCAGACUAUCGCGGACGGCGCAGACUCUUCAUAGCAAUGCCCUUAUCAAAACCAAUACGGACGUGUUGGGCUUGAUUGUACCCCUAUCACAAGCCUGGGGAACGCAAGUGGAUCGUACGGUGCGAUUGUUGGUCACAUGGGCACGCUGCCUGGACACGGUGCGGCGAAGGCCACGGCGAGCCACCCACGUGGUCCGCCGACGGAUCGUCCGUGUCCGCAAAGUACCCCGACGCAUCAAAAUCUCCACUUUGCCGGAAGACUACGAUUUGGACGACGCGAAUUUUGAAGAAUUGCUCGAGCAAGUACGAUUACCGUCGUACAUGAAGGAAGAGUAUUCCGACUACGAAGAUACGGAAGAAGACUACUGGAUCCGCAACGACUACGAGCAAACCCCAUCUCUGCAUUCCUUGCUGCGAUCCGCGCCCGACGUGAAUGCGGUAGCAUCACGGUCUGUUGAAUCGAGUUUCUUUUCCGAUUCCACCAUUGGUUGGGAUGAUGAGUGGGACUUUGACGACGACAGCUUGUGCUCACAAGAUUUCGAGAUUCUGCAGCAAGCCAACGAAAUUGUCUGGGAAGAUUUUGAUUCUAUAGACAUUUGCAACUCAGACGAUGAAUAUGAGAAUAUGUGGGAUUCGAAUCGGUGGAACGGCGAGGACGACUCGGAAUUAGAUGAGUCGGACCAUGCCAACCAGUUCCCCGGCGAGGACGCAAACCGGAUGGAGGAGAGACUGGAGGAGCAUUGGGGACGCCAUUCAAAGACUGAACGGCGCAAAAGCCGUGAAAGCUUUUCUAGCCAAUGGCAAUCCAAAAAUAGCUCAAUGCACUACAAACAUUUACAUGCGGAACAGGAGGAGACCUUGUUGCAGUAUUUCAAACGGCCACUCACAGUCAAGCGGAGUCUGUUUUCCUUGAGGAGAUAUGUGCCUUUCUCAGGAACUAAUAGCGCCGUAAAGCCAGUUGACGCAACUGUUGUUGCUAGGGAAGGCACCGCCUGCGACACAAAAAGUUUUUCAACUGAGACUCCAGUAGGUUUCUUGGGCAAAGCAUUGGACGAGCAUUCGUCCCCUCUUACACAACUUCCUUGUCGACACGAGUCAAACUCGGAUCCCUAUACCAAUCAAAGAGCUCCGAUUCAUAGCUCCUGUUCUCGCACCCAUUUUGGUUGGAUGCGCCCAUGGUCUUGGUCAAAGUUUCCUCAUCGACAUUCAUUGCUAACUGAUAUUCAAACAUCUAAGGAAAACGAUGUAACGAAUAUUAUCACGGGACCCAAGAGCUCAGUAACUGGCGCUUUGACGGAAGCGGCGGUAGUAGAGCCAAAGUUCCUUCAGGAAGUUGACUGUAAGCUUUUGAGAAAGCCACGUAAGCCCUGGCGUAUAUCGCAGCUACUUGGUACUUGGGAGUGGCCUGCGCUCUUCCGACGGAGCAAUAAAACCACUCCGGAUUUCGCCGCAGCCAAGAAGACUUACGAGGAGGAAUCAUCAUCGAUCAAUUUGCAAGAUGGUUUCCUUAAGAGAGAAAACGAAUUAGACGAGAUGAAUCUGGGUGAGAGUGCCAUUCGAGAAGUUAAUCAUGCGUCACCAUUGGGACCUCCACCGCUACCCUCGAAGCCUUCGCAUUCCUCUGUUCUUCGCAUGGAAGCCUUUUAA